AUAGGGUACAUUUUCACAAUUUUCAUCUUGCGGUGUUAUUGCGAUUAAUUUACUCACACUAAGAUGCAGUCAUUUGAAAAAGAAGAAAAGAGCAACGGGAAUGUACAGUUUGUGCUGAAAGAGUCUACAAGAUACGCCAGAGGACAGUAUGCCAUCAAACCGUCCUACUACAAAGGGAAGGUGUAUUUGCAUUUGCAGGACAACAACAACGGUAAACAGGUGUCGCUCCCAGACGACGAUUUUGAAACUAUGAACAAUCAAUUCUUCACAAUAAAUAAAGCGGUGGAUGAAAUCAAGAAGUCCAAUCAAGGACCACCUAGCCCGGAACUGCUUGUGAUGACACCACGCAAAAAGAAGCGAGUGGUGGAUUUAGACGGAGAUGAUGAGUUCUAA